UAACACCGAAACGUAGCUUCAUUUAUUUUCAAGGUUAUUUAUUAUUCACGCCGUGAAUUACAAUGUUAUGGAUUAUUUCAAUGUUAUGGCCGGGUUUAUCUGAUAUCGAGCGUUAGAUGAGAUAACAAUGCGUAAUUCGUGAUACAGAUUUGCCUCGCGUGUUAAAAUACGUAACAUACUACUAUAUCGAUGAAUAUAACAUGUACUCGUAUGUUUAGCGGUUAAGUCAAUUCGCGCGUCAUAGUUUUAUGUGUGCUAAAGUGACUAAGUGAGAUUAACAUGAGAUUGACGAGAUGUGUUUAGUUACUUUACUGUAGGUAUAACUUACAAGAAGGAAGUCUUAGUGUCGUGUUGUUAUUUUCUAUGUAACGUUUCAACUCAGAGUGCAACGGCAUAUUUUGUAAUGUAAUAUUUUUGGAUGAACGAAAAAGUGUUAAUAAUAAAUAUAUGUCAAAUCAUAUCAAAUAUCACUAUUUAUAAUGCCUGAAAAACAUAAUGAUAGUGAUGAUGAAAAUACUCCUAACGGAAAGGAUCAAGUUGGAGAGAGGGCAAGCGGCGAUUUUGAAAAACCAGCGAACUGCGAUGAUCUCGUCAGAAGAGAGCUUGGUGAAUUUGGCUGGUUCCAGAUGCGAUCUGUCCUCAUCAUAAUAAUACCAAUUAUAUUCUCUGGUAUUAGAAACGAUUACAUCUUGUCCGCUGCCUCAAUACCACACAGGUGUCGAAUUCCAGAAUGUGGCGAAAAUAGCAGUUUGCUUACUUACAAUCCGGAUUGGAUCUUGAACGCUGUGCCGGAGACAAAGUCAAGCUUCUCGAGCUGUGACCGAUAUGCUCCUAUUGAUUCCGGGACCAACGGAUCCUUGGACUACUGUCCUGCCAGUCUGUUUAACCACACGAACAUCGUUAGCUGCGAAGACUUUGUCUAUGCAAACGAUUAUAGUGUAGUGUACGAUUUUGACCUUGGGUGCAAUGAAUGGCUUCGAGCUUUAGCAGGCACAGUCGGCAAUAUUGGCUUGUUAUUAGGAUUGCCUCUAACUGGAUAUAUUUCAGAUCGUUUUGGCCGCAAAGUUGCUUUAGUAAUUAACAUAUUUUCCUUGGGUCUUGUUGGUGUGAUCCGAGCUUUUUCUGUUAAUUACGCCAUGUACAUGGUAUUGCAACUGGUUCAGACUGUAUUUGGAUCGAGUGUUUAUUCCACGGCUCUUGUUUUAGCCACAGAGCUUGUUGGACCAAAAUAUCGCUUCGUCGGCGUAGCGUUACUGUCAAUGUACUCCCUGGGGCAAGUGAUGAUGGGUGGAGUGUAUUGGCUUAUUGGUCCUUGGCGAUACGCUACUUUGGCCCUGUGUAUCCCUUGUUUAUUCAUGAUUGUUUAUUAUUGGCUUUUGUCUGAAAGUAUUCGCUGGCUCCUCGUUAAGGGAAGGUACGCUGAAGCAAGAAAGAUAAUAGAAACUGCAGCAAGAUUAAAUAAAAAAUCGAUCAGUGAUAAUUCCAUGGAAGCUUUAUUGAAACCUCAACGAGACCCUCUGCCUCGUUUACAGGUAAAGAAAACUGGUUUGAUGCGGACGGUGAUACGCUCUCCCGUUUUAUUGACUCGAGUAUGUACGACUCCCAUUUGGUGGAUCGCGGGAACAUUUGUCUACUACGGACUAUCCAUCAACUCGACCGGACUGUCAGAUACUAUGUAUCUAAACUACAUGUUGACUUGCGCUGUGGAAAUACCCGGAUGUUUCGCUGGAGCUUUCUUACUCACUAAGAUUGGCAGAAAAGCCACACUGUCGUCGGGAUUUUUCCUUAGUGCUUCAUGCAGUAUACUCUUCAUCUUCAUACCCAAUGGUAUGUCUGUAGUUCGGCUGUUAACUUACCUACUUGGCAAGGUGGGCGUGACGAUAGCACUGGCAUCUGUCUACCUCUACACAUCGGAGCUGUACCCUACGGAGUACCGACACACUUUUCUGGCGUUUUCAUCAACUGUCGGGAGACUUGGUGCUAUUGCUGCUCCAUUGACACCAAUACUUGAGCAUUACUGGAACGGCCUGCCGUCUGUGAUGUUUGGUGCUAUGGGCUUCUUCGCUGGUGCUAUGGUGCUCACGCAGCCUGAAACUCUGGGAACUAAGCUGCCAGAUACGUUUGCUGAAGCUGAAAUGCUAGGAAAAUCUGAUAACAGACAGAAUUCUGAAAUCUGAAUUAAGUGAUCUUACAAAAAUAAUUUGGCCAUUUUUGGGGUUCCGUA